AUGCUCAUGGGAUGCAACCUAUGGAUGAUUGGUUACCUGGAGAGUCUAUUGGGCCUGGCUCUCCCAAUGCACGAGGCACUCCUCGGCCUGGCCAGCGGCGUGCGACCUUUUUCUUCGUUUCUCGCGAGCCUGGCCGCUGCUGAGCGCUCCUCGUUCUCCGCCGCCGAGCUCACCAGCGCUGUCUCCGCCGCCGAGCUCACCAGCCCUUGUCCGCCGGAUUCGCAGCCCUUCUCCGCCGCCAAGGUUGUCCUACGCAGAUCAAACCUCCUAGGCAAAUCUGUUGUGCCUUUGUCUGCUCACACCUUCUUUGCUCUUCCGACGGUUCUUGCUGUUCCUGCAUCGGAGAUGGCAGAAGGUCAUGAACUGCCUAUUGUGGAUCUUGGGGAUGAUGUUGAGGUUGCAGGGCAAAGGGCAAGGGCUGUCAUGAGGUGGACAUCAGCCAUGUCUUCUUUUGUCCUCCGUCGCAUGUGUCAGCUGAUCACCACUGGUGUGAGGACUGAUAAGGGCUUCAAAGAGGUUCACCUAAACCAAGUUGCCAAGGCUCUCCAAGAGUUCUCAGGCAAUGAGGUCUCUGGUACCCAGGUGUACAACCACUUGAGGAAGUGGAGGCAGAGGUGGGUUAGGAUCACUAAGCUUAGAGAGCUCAGUGGUGCACUUUGGGAUGAAGACACAUCCCUAAUCACACUUGAGGAUGAGCACUACAGGGGCCAUGUCAAGACACACCCUAAGGAUGCUGACUUCCUAAACAAACUAAUUGAGAACUACCAGCAGAUGCAGAUCAUCUUUGGCAAUGGUCUAGCAACAGGCAAAUUUGCCAUGGGUUCAAAUGAGGCUCUUGGUUCACCAUCUGACUUUGUUGAGGGCGCACUGCUGGGUGAGGGACACAAGAGUGGACUGAAGACAGAGGAUGUGUCCAAGCUCUUUGAGGAGGGAACCAAGAAUCAUGAGGAAGCUGGUGGUAGUAGCGGCUCUGGUGGUGCAAGUGUUGGACAGAAGAGAAAGAGAAGUAUGCUCAGUGAAGAGGACACUAUUGUGCUUACUGGGAUGACAGCUGCUGUGAACAAUGUUGCUGAUGCUAUUCGUCACACCAAGGUUGAUGAGAUCCACCCUGAGCUCUAUGGGGCUGUCAUGUACAUGCCAGGGUUCACUGAGGAAGCUCUCCUAUAUUCCUUCUCCCAUUUGGUGGACAACAAAGCUCAAGGGACUGCAUUUGUUGGGAUGUCUGAGGCUCACAGGGUGCUUUGGCUGAGGACCUUCUUGACUAAGUGCCAAUGGACUGGAGCUUGA